CUCUCUCCACCUUUCCCCAGAAUAUCUUAUUUCUCCUGUCCUGCUCUCUAUCUGCUCUCUCAGCUUUUCUCGGUCCACCUGGAGACCAGUGACUCCCGCUCUGACCCUGACAUCUACAAGGGUUCCCCCCCUCCUGGCACCACGGGCCCUGCCAGCCUCUCCCCUGAUCUCAGUCCCUGUGAUGCUGCACGGUGUGGCCUGGAGGCACUGCCACUGGCGAUGGACUUGGGGAAACUUUACUGGGCACUCUCAGCGCCCUUGGUGGGGACUCGUGGUCCCAAGUGAGAAAUGGCCCUUUUUUUCCCAGGCCACCAGCUGGGCUUGGAUAGGUAGGGGAUCUGGCGGCCGCAGGCCCUGUCGUGCUCAGAGGGCGGAAGGGGAAGCAGGAGGAUGACUAAUUACAUCAUCCUCAUCUUCUCCGGGCUGGGGACAAGUGUCCGCAACACCGUUCCCAUCCCCGCUGAGUGUAAGGAUGGGGGUGGUUGGUAGUGAGAGUGAGUUUGGGUAACUGGGCUGGAAGCGAAAGUGUGUGUGUGUGUGUGUGUGUGUGUGUGUGUGUGUGUGUGUGUGUGUGCGCGCGCGCGCGCCCUGGUCAGGUCUGGCUGUCAGUGGCGCCCCAGCCUCCAGACCCCCGGCGGGCGCGCUCAGCCGGCUGCCCUGGUCCAUAGGAUUUCUUGAAUGAGUGUGAGGAUUUCUGCGGAACAGCAAACUUUGUCAGAACACGUCUUUAAAAAACACCCCCCGGUUCCCUUUCCCACAGCGACCACCCCUGACAGCUCAGUUUCACCCUCAGAUCCUUUUUCUCCACAUGCUGUAUCUGGGGAGAUACGUGGCUUCCCGAGGCCGGGCACUCGCGCAUGAGGUUUGCUGGAGGAUGGCGGCUGCAGCGAGAAGCCGAGCAAGCUCCGCAUGCGUUCUCACCUGCCCACGCUGCUGAAACGGAAGAUUCGAGGGGGUGGAGGGAACCCAGUCCCAUGCCCUCCUCCAAGUUGUAAACUACCGGGUCUAUUCCGUGAAUGCGGGUUCACCUCCUCCACCGCCACUUUCCUCCCUCCCCACGCAGCGCGCGUCGGGUCGGAGUAAAUGCUUAGAGCAUUUUAGCUCCCGCGCACAAUCCAAAAUAAACUUUUUAACACCUCGUCGUCGGCGGGGAGGACAGGACACUCGAGAAGACUCCUGUCCUGUCGCCACAGGCGCCCAGGGCGCCCGAGGCGGCGUGUAGGGCGCCCAUUGGGCGUUCUGUGGGCAGAGGAGCGGGGUGGGUCUGGCCCGGGCUCACUUUGAGAAGCAGCCGCCUUCCAAUCUGCGGAAAUCCAACUUCUUCCACUUCGUCCUGGCCCUCUACGACAGGCAGGGCCAGCCUGUGGAGAUCGAGAGGACGGCCUUUGUGGGGUUCGUCGAGAAGGAAAAGGAAGCCAACAGCGAAAAGACGAAUAACGGAAUUCACUACCGGCUCCAGCUCCUGUACAGCAACGGGAUAAGGACCGAGCAGGAUUUCUACGUGCGCCUCAUUGACUCCAUGACAAAACAAGCCAUAGUGUAUGAAGGCCAAGAUAAGAACCCAGAAAUGUGCCGAGUAUUGCUCACACACGAAAUCAUGUGCAGCCGCUGUUGUGACAAGAAAAGCUGUGGCAACCGAAAUGAGACUCCCUCAGAUCCAGUGAUAAUUGACAGGUUCUUCUUGAAGUUUUUCCUCAAAUGUAACCAAAAUUGCCUAAAGAAUGCAGGAAACCCACGUGACAUGCGGAGAUUCCAGGUCGUGGUGUCUACAACAGUCAACGUGGAUGGCCAUGUCCUGGCAGUCUCCGAUAACAUGUUUGUCCAUAAUAACUCCAAGCAUGGGCGGAGGGCUCGGAGGCUUGACCCCUCGGAAGGUACGCCCUCUUAUCUGGAACAUGCAGCUACUCCCUGUAUCAAAGCCAUCAGCCCGAGUGAAGGAUGGACGACGGGAGGCGCGACUGUGAUCAUCAUAGGGGACAAUUUCUUUGAUGGGUUACAGGUCAUAUUCGGUACCAUGCUGGUCUGGAGUGAGUUGAUUACUCCUCACGCCAUCCGUGUGCAGACCCCUCCUCGGCACAUCCCUGGUGUUGUAGAAGUCACACUGUCCUACAAAUCCAAACAGUUCUGCAAAGGGACGCCAGGAAGAUUCAUUUACACAGCGCUCAACGAACCCACCAUCGAUUAUGGUUUCCAAAGGUUACAGAAGGUCAUUCCCCGGCACCCUGGCGACCCUGAGCGUUUGCCAAAGGAAGUAAUACUCAAAAGGGCGGCGGACCUGGUGGAGGCGCUGUACGGCAUGCCGCAUAACAACCAGGAAAUUAUUCUGAAGAGAGCAGCUGACAUUGCAGAGGCCCUGUAUAGUGUCCCCCGCAACCACAGCCAGCUCCCGGCCCUCACGAACACCUCGGUCCACGCAGGAAUGAUGGGAGUGAAUUCCUUCAGUGGACAACUGGCUGUGAAUGUCUCCGAGGCAUCUCAGGCCACCAAUCAGGGUUUCACCCGCAACUCAAGCAGCGUAUCACCGCACGGGUACGUGCCGAGCACUACUCCGCAGCAGACCAACUAUAACUCUGUCACCACAAGCAUGAACGGAUACGGCACUGCCGCCAUGUCCAAUCUGGGUGGCUCCCCAACCUUCCUCAACGGCUCAGCUGCCAACUCGCCCUACGCCAUCGUGCCAUCCAGCCCCACCAUGGCCUCCUCCACAAGCCUCCCCUCCAACUGCAGCAGUUCCUCGGGCAUCUUCUCCUUCUCACCAGCCAACAUGGUCUCGGCCGUGAAACAGAAGAGUGCUUUCGCGCCAGUCGUCAGACCCCAGACCUCCCCGCCUCCCACCUGCACCAGCACCAACGGGAACAGCCUGCAAGACCAGUCUUUUGUGGACUCUAGCAAGUUCUCCACUGCAGGGUCCCUUCCAGGACUGGCCUUCUCCUGAACGAUAUCUGGCAUGAUUGUUCCUCCCAUGUGAAAGAAUUGCCUUGAAGAAUUUUAUUAAUGAAGAGGUUGGAUUCUGCUGCAGAGAGUAAUCUGAUACAAGUCCCAGAGUGGAACUUUUAACUCAGGCCUUUUUAAGAGGAAUCACAGUAACUGCGGAUUUUUAAACAAACAAUAUCACCAACCUUGCAAACACUGAAAUUGGAAGGAUCUGCGAGUGCAGGGUGUUGGUUAAAUUGUGCCUCCCAAGUAUUUGGGGGAUAUAUUUAUUCUGUGUUGAUAAAAGCAAAUCCACUUUUCUUUUACUUUUUUUUCUUAAGCUUAACUCGGCAAUCAUUUGUCUUUUAUAAACCCAUAAAGCUGUAUACAAGGGACACUAUAAAUAAGACUCCAUGUUUUAAUUUAUGAUGUUUUUAAAGCUGUGUAAAGGGAGAAUGAAGUGGUGAUAUUUACAAAAAAGUAAAAAAAAGAAAAAAAAGAAAAAAAGAAAAAAUAGCUUGUAUGGGACAGAAUAGGAAUGCCAGUUAGAUUUUUUAGAAAACUAAGGGUCGGCUUUUGCGCCUUAAAGCAUAUCAAAUGGUAGUUAGCUCAGACAGUGCAUUUUCAAUAUCUAACUUAACAUGCCAUCCCUUAGCAGUGCAAGCUUAUUUAUCUCUUUUGUAUUGUUGUCUUAAGUAACUGUAAAUAAAUGCAGCCUGGAAAGCUAAAAA